UUCCUGGGGCGACAGCAUUCAGGUCCACAAGGAAACUUUCUUACCAGCAGCUCUUCAAACAUAGAAGGGAGAUCCGGCCAGAGAUUGCUGGAAAGCCAAUGACCAUGCCGACAUCCUCCACCCAAGUGUCAGAUCUUGACCAUACCAACUCUACCCAGCAACCCAACUCCAGCAUCUACAUGUUCUCCAAGUUCAUCCACCCUGACAGAGAAUUGUACAAACAAUUUUACAGCCUAUGGAUUGCCCUGAUAGUUGUCAAUGCUAUUAUCUUCUUGGUGCAAGCCUCACGAAAAUGGAGGAAUCCCACCUGUGCCAAGGGGAUCUGUGUCUUCAUUUGGAUCUUUGCAACUGUAGUGACUUUCUCCAUCCUCAUCAUGGCAAUACAGUUUGCCCAGUGCUGCAUCUCUGAGAUUCUGGUCCUGAUGGUCUGCGAGUACUUCUUCCCCCUCAUCAUAAUCAUCUUCUUCACCACCAGGAUUAUGUGUGCUCUGUCCAAGCCCAGCCUCAUGCACCAGAGUCGGGAGAGGAGAAUGAAGGCUGUGCAGCUCCUUGUCACCGUCCUCAUCAUCUUCAUGAUCUGCUUCACUCCUUUCCACGUGCAACAGGUAGCGAUCUCCAUCAAUCCAGACAUGUCCCACAAUGUCAACGUUCUUGUCUACCAUGUGACAGUGACUCUGAGUAGUCUCAACAGCUGCAUGGACCCUAUUGUCUACUGCUUUGUCACCAACAACUUCCAGUCAACCAUGAAAAAUAUCUUCAGGAAAACCGAACCAGAGCAAACUACUGUGGACAUCCUGGGUAUGAACAAGAACACCAAGGGUUCCAAUGCAAUCAUCACCUUCUCAAACACAAUAGGAGGCCCUGUGAGCUUGCCGUCUCCAAGCAGUGUCCAGAUCUAACCCACUUCUGAUGGGACGUGCUGCAGUAAACCAGUGUGAUGAUGCUGGAACCUUGGUAGGGUGCAUGGGUACCAUUGUCUGACAUCUUUGUUCUUUAGGGAGACUUUCAGAAUGACAGUGGUGGAAUUUAUUCCUCAAAAACAUUGUGGUCUGUUUGGAAAAUUGAACUUACAGUGCUUUUAUUACCAAUACAAAAGAAGGUUUAUUAAUUACUGUUGCCCACAGGAAUGUUUUCUUUGUAUUUUAAUACAGACAUUUUGCUAACAACAAA